AUGUCAAGUUCCACGAAUUCAACAGUGGCCGCGGAGUUGUCGGUGUCUGAGAAGAGUGGGGAUAUUGAGCCCCUACCUUUUGUGCAUGACAAACAUGGAGGCGUCAUCAUUGAGAUGACGACCCCGAUGGACCCUGGAGUGUUUUCAGCUUCCUUGAAAGCAGCGCUGGCGAAAUGGAGGGAGCAGGGAAUAAGAGGUGUCUGGAUCAAAUUGCCCAUCACCCUUUCCAACCUUAUUCCACCAGUUGUAGAGGAAGGUUUCUGGUACCAUCAUGCAGAGGAAACUUACUUGAUGCUUGCAUACUGGCUUCCAAAUACAACACAUACACUACCAGUAAACGCAACCCACCGCGUUAGUGUUGGAGCUUUUAUAAUGAAUGACAAGAGAGAGAUCUUGGCUGUACAAGAAAAGAGUGGUGUGCUUCGAGGCCUAGGUGUGUGGAAAUUUCCAACUGGUGUAGUUGAACCGGGGGAAGAUAUUAAUGUUGGAGCCGUAAGAGAAGUAAAAGAAGAGACAGGGAUUGAUGCAGAAUUUGUUGAAGUCCUGGCCUUCAGGCAGAGCCACAAAUCGUUUUUUGAUAAAUCGGAUCUAUUUUUCGUGUGCCUGCUUAAACCACUUUCAUAUGACAUUACGAAGCAAGACUCGGAAAUAGAGGCAUGCCAGUGGAUGCCAAUAGAGGAAUUUGCAGCGCAACCAUUUCUCCAGAAACAUGAGCUUGCGAAGUACAUCCUCGAAGUAGGCCUGGCUAAAGUUGACAAGGAAUAUGCAGGGUUUUCGCCAAUCUCCAUAAAAUCAGCAUUUACAGACAAAUUGUCCUUAUUUUACAUGAACCAGGACAGGGCCUCAGGAUAG